GUCUGAGCCGAACGGAUGGGGCAGGUUGGGCUUUCAAAGUUUUGACCGGCCCGAUCCACAACCCUGACAGGACGAUGAGGCGGACCACGGCGUUGCUGCUGCGCCACGGCGGCGGCGGGAUCCCGCAGGCGCUCGCCGACGUGCUCGUCUGCCCCCUGUCCAAGAAGCCCCUCAGGUACUGCGAGGCCAGCGGCUCCCUGGUCAGCGACGCCGUCGGCAUGUCCUUCCCGAUAGUAGAUGGAAUUCCUUGUCUCCUUCCGAAAGGCGGGAAGUUGCUCGAGGACCACCAGAGGGAAUCAGGACAUGAAACCAGCUCUAGGGAUUCCUCUGACUGAAUCCAAGUUGUUGUAGUAUUAAAAGAUAAUCGAGAUGGAAGCAAGAAUAGUAGAUGGAAUUCCUUGUCUCCUUCCGAAAGACGGCAAGUUGCUCGAGGACCACCAGAGGGAAUCAGGACAUGAAACCAGCUCUAGGGAUUCCUCUGAUUGAAUCCACCUUGUUGUACAAGCCGGCAACAUCGUUCUGUAUUUAAAAAGUAAUCGAGAUGGAAGCAAGAGUAUGUGCUGUCCUCAAACUGUUUCUUGUCGCCGUAAAUCAUUGUCACGUUGAUUUGUACUGACUAUUUUGUACAAUGGAAAUAAAAUUAUUACAUGGUA